UGCAAUCACAGUUACGAAACCCAAAACCUUGCCCUCUUCCCUUCGUUUUUUCUCUCUUUUUGUGAGGCAAAAUUUCACCCAAAACCUUACCCUCUUCCUUUCUUUGACAGAACUUCAAACUCCAUAUGGCUAAAAACAAUACAAAAAAGCGAAAGCUCAUCAAAAAGGCAGAUUCCAUUAAUGCUACACCCUCGAAAAUCGACAAAAAACAGAAGAACAACAAGAAGCAGCAAAAGAUACUCAAAUCCAAUAACCCAACCCGACCCGAUUCUGAUUCGGACUCCGACCAGCCGGCACCCGUUAAACUCCAGAAUCUUCUCGAACCUUACUCUAAAGAUCAACUCCUUACCCUAGCCGUAGACACCGCUCUAGCUCACCCUUCCUUUUACAACCUUAUCAAUUCAGCUGCCGACAAUGACAUCACUCACCGGAAAAUCUUCAUCUACGGCUUAGCGCGUGAGACCACGCGCCAAACCCUAAUCACCGUUUUUGAACAGUUCGGAGAAGUCGAGGAAUGCAACGUCGUGAUGGACCAUAACACUGGCAAGGCAAAAGGGUACGGUUUUUUGGUCUUCAAGUCCCGAAAAUCGGCCGAUAAAGCGUUAAAAAAACCUCAAAUGACAAUCAACGGGCGAGUGGCUACGUGUAAGUUGGCUGCCGUGAAGGACGCUGCCGUUAAUGGGACCAUGGAGUUUGGUAAUAGGAAGAUUUACGUGAGUAAUGUGCCGCGUGAUGUGGUUCCGGAGAGAUUAAGGUUGUUUUUUGAAGAGUUCGGGGAAAUCGAGGCUGGACCAAUGGGGUUUGAUCCAACAACUGGGAAAUCAAAAGGGUAUGCUUUGUUUCUGUAUAAAACGGUUGAGGAGGCGAAGAGAUGUUUAGAAGAGCCGUGUAAGGUGUUUGAGGGGCGGAAGUUGUACUGCAAGAAGGCUGCUGAGCCAAAAAUUGGUGGCGGAGAGGCCAGUAUUACGACUGAGGUUAUACAGCAGCCCCUGCUGGCAAUGCCAUCAGUUGCAGCUGCUCAGAAUAUGGGGAUGAUGGGUCAGAACCCGAAUGUGGCGAUGAUGAACCAGUUGUAUGGUGGAAUGGUUGUGAAUCCUUAUGUAGGAUUUAUGAAUCCGUUUGUAGGAGUUUAUGGUGGGAUGUUGGGUAGUUUAGGAGGGGAUGUUUCAGGUUUAGGGGCAUAUGGUGGUGUUGGUGGUGGUAGCAGCAUAGGUGGUUCUAGCAGGGGAGUGGCGCCCGGGUUAAUACAGGCCUACCCAAAUAAGCAUGUUGGCCAACCUUCACCUGCUAAGCUACCGGGGAGUAGUGGCUACUCGUCGCACUUGUGAUGAACAGUGCCUGACCACGAGGAAACAAAGUUAUUGAAGCGUUGAUGAGUUUCUUAUGGUCAAUGGCUUGGUUUUUUGUUAUUGGAUUUGUAGCCAUUUGCCUCUUAUUCCUUUACUUUCAUACCUCUUACUGUUAAGCCAAGUUCCUACAGGACUUGGCAGAUUUUAUGUCUUGUGUUUUUUUUUAUCGGUGGAUAAAUUUCUCAAUUUUUUCUUUUAGAUUUAUUUUGAAGUGGAUUUGUUCAUUUUUCUUGAUUUUAUAUUUUUCUGAGGUUUGCGCUAUGGUGCCUUUUUGAUUUCUUUUGUUUCUCUCAUUCUUCUCUUUUUAUCUAUUAUUUAAGUGGUAUCAACAGAUAUCUCAGGUUCAUGAUCUGGUGUACUUAUUAGUUGACAAUUUUGAUAUUUUGCUGUUUUACUAUCUUUUCACAUUUUCUUUUUGUGAAAAUUUGUUCCAUGGAGCUAAAUAGGCCUUUUUUCUCUUGAUAUUGUUAUAAUCCAUUUCUUCUUUUGACUUUUUGUGGGCUGUAUCCUCUUUUCCCCUCUUUGCAUGCAAAAUCAUGCCUUUUUGAGUUCGUAAAAUUCUUAUACGCGUCCGACUGGAUGUUUUCUUUUGUUUAUUUUCAGUCUUUUUUCUUAAACAUCAUUCGACUGUUUAACCAGGAUGAUUCAGGGUUCAUGGAUGUCUAUUGUUAAGUAAUAGACGAUUUUGAUAUUUUCUCCAUUUUACCUAUUGGUAUCUUUUUUUAAACUUGGGCUUUGUUUUCUUCUUUGUUUUCAUGUGUUCAUAUGAAAGCUAACUAGGCCUUUUUCGGUAUAGGUAUUAAUUCAUUUUCUUCUUUGCCUCUUUUUGUUGAUAAAUAACUUUUAAAAGAGAAUGAAGGCCAUAUCCUUCUGUCACCUCCUUUGCAUGAAAAUUCAUGCUUCUCACUUUUAUUAAAUUCUUAUGUAGAAUUUUGAGCUGGAUGUCAUUUUUGUCCUUACUUCCAACCAAGUAAUUUUGAUGUUGGGGUAUGUUUUCAUUGUUCAGCUUAUAACAUUGAACUUCUGGUUUCUGUUUGUAUUAGUAUUAAUCUGUAACAAUUUUUUUAGGUUAGAUUAGUAAUUCCUGUAAGGCAUACUUCCCUUACCUUUUCUUGUACUUUGUUGCCUGACAAUCCUUUCGGUCAAUUAUACUUUUAACAGUAUGAGAUGAGCCGAGAAAUGAAGUGCUAAAGUUUCUUUU